ACGCAGAGGCAAGCAAGAUGGCGGCGGCGGCUUCUCAGGGCGGGAGAGCCGGUGGUGGCGGAGGCAGUAGUGGGGCUGGCGGUGGCUCCGGCUGCGGGACAGGCAGUAGCCGUAGCGGUUUACUGGACAAGUGGAAGAUUGACGAUAAGCCUGUAAAAAUUGACAAAUGGGAUGGAUCAGCUGUGAAAAAUUCUUUGGAUGAUUCUGCCAAAAAGGUACUUCUGGAAAAGUACAAGUAUGUGGAGAAUUUUGGUCUAAUUGAUGGUCGCCUCAUCAUCUGUACCAUCUCCUGUUUCUUUGCCAUCGUGGCUUUGAUUUGGGAUUAUAUGCAUCCCUUCCCAGAGUCCAAACCUGUUCUGGCCUUGUGUGUUAUAUCCUAUUUUGUGAUGAUGGGGAUCCUGACCAUUUAUACUUCGUAUAAGGAGAAGAGCAUUUUUCUCGUGGCACACAGGAAAGAUCCUACAGGCAUGGAUCCUGAUGAUAUCUGGCAACUGUCGUCCAGUCUCAAAAGGUUCGAUGAUAAAUACACUCUGAAACUGACCUUCAUCAGUGGAAGAACAAAGCAGCAACGGGAAGCGGAGUUCACCAAGUCCAUUGCUAAGUUUUUUGAUCACAGCGGGACUCUGGUCAUGGACGCAUAUGAGCCUGAGAUAUCAAGACUCCAUGACAGUCUUGCCACAGAAAGAAAAAUAAAAUAGCUGCUUCUAAAAGCAGCUGUCUUUUGGCUGGAUCUUGCCAAAUUAAGGGGUGAAGGAGAAAGAAACCGAGAACUUAAUAUGGAUAAAGUAAGAAAUGUUAAAAAUGUCCCUGUUUUGUCUUGAAAUUUUAGUCCAUUCUGGAUAAGUAGAAACUUCUAGCUCAGAUAUGAGAAGUUGUAGCUCUGAUAUCUAGCUAUAGCCUCUUUGGUCUGCUGAUUGCAUUGUUUUGAUUUGCUCUUCUGGAAAAGCAUUUUUGCUAAAAACCAUACAGACUUCCUCCUUCAUACCUAGCAGUACUUUAUAGAGUAUAGCUUUGUGCCAUGCAGCAUUUGAAGACUCAGUUUUUAAAAUUGUUAACCUCUUGCUGACCUUUUUAUGUUAAUUCCUGUUUAAACAGCUGUUUCCCUUAAUUCAGGAUACAACUUCUUAUGUAUGACAGUUUCCUUUCACACACCAUUUUUGUGGGUGUGUAUAUAUCUGACUUGGGGAGAAUUGGGGGAAAAAACAUAGCUUUUUAAUUUGUUUAAGAGACUUUCUGCCUGUUACGUUUUGUGCUUUUAACUAAUUAAAGAAGCCAAUGGCA